GCAGGUCCGCCUCCCUUUAAAACCUCCUGCUGGGGCUGUUUGCACCCCAGUGACCCCCCUGAGUUGGAGCCAGCCCACAGCACCUGCUCCCCGGGCAGACAUCAGGUGUGUGUGUGUGGGGGGGGGGACAGCUCUGCAGGGAAAGCCACGGACUACAGACUGGGGGCCGGGGUGUCGCUUCUACGGAAGCGCUGGUGACUCCCUCUACCGCGGAGGCGUCUGGAGGCCCCGCGCAGCUGACGUGUGGCGGCUCGUGGCUCACGCAGGACUUACUGGGGAAACAGCGAUCUGGGAAGUGAGCCCCGUGUGCAGGUUUAGCCUUCUUUCUAUCUCCCUUUGAAUCUUCAAGGAUCUUACCGUGGAACUCAGACUGAAUUGAACCCUUGUCUUGUCAGCUGACUUUCUCAGCGGACCCUCAGGCGGCCAUGGACGUGGGUCUCUCAGGCCUUCCAGUUGUAUCUCAGGGUCGCAGCAAGACCCUGCGGGGCAGGGGCCCAGUCGUGCGGCGGCAGCGUGAGUUCAUGCCGGAAGAGAAGAAGGACACGGUUUACUGGGAGAAGCGGAGGAAGAACAACGAAGCGGCCAAGAGGUCCCGGGAGAAGAGGCGUCUCAAUGACGCGGCCCUCGAGAGCAGGCUGGCCGCGCUGCUGGAGGAGAACGCUCUGCUCAGGGCUGAGCUGUGGGCGCUCAGGCAUCGCUUUGGGCUUCUGCCCUCCAUUGCGGGUUCCCGGACCCUGCCCCUGCAGGCGCUGCUGUGGGAGCCCCCCUGGACUGGAGAGCUGGGUUCGAGGGCUGAGCCACUCCCCUCCCUCCCUGGCUCCCAUGGCUGCCUUUUGAGGCCAUGCGCUUUGGACACUGGGGUUCCAGGAUGCCGGGGCUGCCUGGUGGCUCACAAGUGGACUGGUCUGGCCUCUUCCCCCAGGUGCCCCCAGGACCCUGCUCCCCACACCCCCAAGAGAAUGGACAUGGCCUUGCAGGCUGCCCUCCCAGCUACCUUGUUCAGCUGUCAUCUCCUGGAUGAGCAUGGGGGGACCAGACCGGAGCUCAGGCCCUUCUGGGGGCUGUGGUCACCCAUGGCCUCUGGCUACCAAGCCCCUGGGCCCUCCGAUGUGCUGCUCACCCCCACGGCCGAUCCCAUGCAGCUGCCUCCUGGGAUGGCCUAUCCUGUCCCAGGGAGCGAUCCUGAGGGCCUUCCUCAGCCCUCCCUGCCCCACAAACUGCGCAUCAAGUCCCAAGCCUUGGGCAGAGGACCUCCAGGGUGGGGGGGUGGCCGGGCCCCCCUCUGAGGGCUUCCCCUGGGCAGGGCCAGGCCUGCAAAGGGGUGUUGGGACCAACCAUGGGUGUGUCUGGGGAAGAUGGCUUGCCCCUGAAUCAGCUCCCAGGCUGGGCCAGGGCCUUGGAGGGGGUCCACGGCUCAGUGUCCCUCUGGGAGGAGGGGAAGGGCUUUCAACUUGGAUCAUAGCUUGGUUGCCAUCCUGCCUGAAAUAUGUGUUUGGGGUAGUCCCUUUUCCCUCCUGCCCUCUCUCUCUUUCUCUCUCCCUCCUUGACUUCCAGCCGUCUGUCCUUCCUGUCUUCAUUCGUUCAUUGACUCGCUCACUCCCGUGCUCACCUGUCCUUCCGUUCAUUCAUUCCCUCACCCACUUACUUUCACAAUUUACCCGCCCCUCCCCCCACCCACUCGCGAUCUUUGGACCCUCUCUCUGGGCUCAGCCUAAGACACACUCGUGGCUCGGCAGUUCCUGUGCUGGAGGCAGGAGUCGGGGUUUGGGGAGAGACGUGCUAAGGGUCCUGCCGAAGGAGGAGGCAAUGUGUCAGGGUGUCUGGGGCUCUCCCGGCUAGUUUGGGAGUCGGUCUCCCCCAGGUCAGAUGGUUUCCUCUGUGUCUUGGGUCGGGGUCUGGAACCACUGGAACAGGUCAGCCAUGUCGGGAGUAGGGUGGGGGUGGGAGUCCAUUUCUUCUCUCUCUCUGGCUGCCCCCAAGGGCCUCUCAGCCCCUUCUGAGGACAGAAGGGACCACUGUAGGGAAGCUCUCCCCGGGACCCUGGAGACCCCGAGCUCAUCAAAGACCCCCCCCACUCCACAGUUUCUCACUCAGGCACCACUUUUUUAGAAAAAAAAGAAAAUCACGGUUUUUAUUAGAUUCUGGAUAAAAAGCCCCCAACUCUGUCGGGAGAGCUGGGUGAGGAGGAGCACUCCUCUGGGCUGACGUAGUCUCUCAGCUCUGGCUGCCCCUGGCCAGCUGGGUCACUGGGCCUCAGGCACCCCCCCCCCCCCCCCCCCCCCCGCCCACCGGCAGCCUCAGGGGCUGGACCGUUCUUGGUGACCCUGGGUUUAUCUCAGACACACACAUGUACCAGCCAGGAGCACUGCUUCUACUGGGCAGCGCAGGGAACCCACACUUCACUGCUCAGCCCCUCUCUACCUGCUCACUCCUUGGUUCCAGUUCCAGACUGGGACUGGGCAAGGUCAUCCCCUCCGCCCCCAACACCUUCUGAGCGCUGGGUCUUCCAGUGGGAGCCAAGCACAAGGGCCCGGCUGGGCCUCCCAUCUUGCUGGUCACAGCUGUAACCAGGGGAGUCUUGGCCAUCACUGCCCCUGGGCACAGGCCUUUGGCUUUGGCUCAGAGACUCUUGUCUCCCAAGAGUGUCCUGGGGAGGCGGAAGGAGGGCUUCCUGGAGGAAGAGGUUCUGGUCUGUUUCUCCCCAGCCGGUGCCCCUAGCUGGGAGGGUAGAGACUCGGUGUGCAUAGGAGCUAACCUCCAACACAAACGUGCCAUACAGCUGUGGCUAAUUUGCACAAAGGCCUUUAAGGAAGCUCUGGCUCUGACCAGAGGGAUAUUAAAAAUGCUUAAGGGAGAGGGCAGACGGAGGUUGGGUGGCCGUGUAGCAGCCCACUGCUGGGAGAUGUGGGUGGCUUGGUGCUUGCUCUUGAUAGUGCCACCUAGUUGGAGUCUGAGGUGUCUGGGACAACCUCACUCGUGUCCUAUGGACACGGGGGCAGGGGCUGGCCAUCUUUGGGUCACUCAGGCCCUCUUUAACCUUCCAGUCCCAGUUGGAAAAGCCCAGAGGUGAAUCUGCUUCAAGCAAAUCAUCGACUUCCCACAUCAGAAGGGAACCCCAGAGUCUCUUGGUGGGUCCUCAUCCAGUCUUCUUGGAUGCCUCUAGGGAUGGAGACCUCUAGGGAUAGAGUUCCUCUAACACGCAUCACCACUCCUUUGCUAGAGUCGAAACCCCUGCUUCCCGCACAUUUCCAUCUGCUCUUAUUCUUGCCACGGGGGGCCACUCAGAACCCCCUCCUGCUUCCCUCCUUCUGCUCGGAGGUAGCUGGCAUCGUGGUUUUCUCUGUUUCUUCCUCUCCAAAAGAGAGACCACCACACACCCCCAGAGAGUUUGAGAAGAUUAAAUCUCAAGUAUUGUGUGCAUAGCGCUUUA